AUGUUGUUUGGUCCCCUGUGUGAAAGGUUUGAUUACAAGGACUCUGGAGAGGUCAAUGACGCAACAGAUGGCUACAUUCCAUCACUUGGGGUAAUCCUCCGAACCACAGACAAGACUGUGUGGGCAAAUGAAUUUGAACCUAUUGAGUUGACCUGCUUGAUAGAGUCCAUCUCAACAAACAACCCCAGAAUCGAAUGGAAGAAAAUCCAAAACGGCGUCCCUAGUUAUGUGUACUUUCAAAAUCAAAUUUCGGGGGACUUGGAGCACAGAGCCCAGCUGAUCCAGCCAGCCAACCUACUGAUCCUCAACACCAGCCGUGCAGACACUGCAGAGUACCGCUGUGAGGUCGCUGCCAUUGAUGACCACAAACACUUUGAUGAAAUUCUAAUCAGUCUUGCUGUCAGGGUAAAGCCUGUGGUGCCCAGGUGCAGUGUGCCUGUGGCGGUGACUGUUGGCACGUCCUCUGAGCUGCGCUGCCUGGAGAACGAGGGCUUCCCUGCCUCACAGUACCGCUGGUUCCGUAACAACGAGGAGCUUCCCCAGGACCCAAAGAGCAGCCCUAAGUUCAUCAACUCCACCUACUCCAUUAACGCUGACACGGGUGGUCUGAAAUUCCGCCGGAUGAGAAAGGAGGAUGCGGGGGAGUAUUACUGCCAGGCAAAGAAUGUAGCUGGACAUGCACAGUGUCCCACACAGCUGAUGGACGUCUAUGAUGUCGACAUUGUGGGGAUUUUCCUGAAGGUGUUGGCGGCAUUGGCUGGAUUCAUUGUUGUGAUGGUGGGGGUUUGUCAUGCACACAAACAUCACUGCUUCUCCUCCGGCAAGGAUCACACAGGAACCAACUACAAACUUCCAGCGCAGGAUGAUGGCGUUGACUAUGCCGAAGCAGAUGAGGGUCACUUCCGUCACAAAUCAUCAUUUAUCAUUUGACAUCUGAGAUAGAGGAGACACACUGAAGAGGAAGCGGAGACACACUGAAGAGGAAGAGGAGACACACUGAAGAGGAGACACACUGAAGAGGAGACACUCUGAAGAGGAGACCCACUGAAGUCAAAAGCGUGCCAAAUCCCAUAAUGGGGCUUCGUGUGAGAAAUUUGAGCUGUAACAUUGCACAUGAACCUACAAGCUUGCCAAAGUUAUCAUAAUGAAAAAGAUCAAUCAUUAUUUCAAUCUUGCUUUCUGAUAGGCAACUGUAACGUCAUGUCCCUGUUAGUACACUGUUUACUUUUUUUUGUAGCACAAAU